GGUGCGACUUCAUUGUUGUCAACGGCCACGUCUGUAAGUGAGGGACACGCGUAUGAGUAAAACAGAUGGACAUGUACAUGCUUGUGUAUAGUGGUCGUAGUCUCAUUUAACAUUCUUUUAUAUUUCUGAUUAUGGCUGACAGUACGACUGGCUUUUUGGCUUCUACUCCUCUGCUGUCCAUGUUGUCGCAAAAACAGCGGCUACCGUUAGCGUUUAUGUUUAGCUUCCUGUUUCUAUAACACUCGCCGUCGUCUCAUUGACCUGCCUUUACGGUACUUUCUAGUUUUAAUUGAAAAUAUCCAGACCCCAAAAGAGCCUCUGUGGGGACAGGAGGACAGGACUUGUGGGCAUUUGCAGCAGUUACUCUAAGUGUAAGAGACUGAUCAAUUGGUGGACCAGUCAGAAGAUGGAUUAACGUUCAGAACUCAUCAGCCCCUCACUUCCGUCGUAUCUCUCACCUGUUGGGCCCUUGGGGGCCCUCAGGCAACAGGCGUGAUGCCAGGUGGCAGGCAGACUGUCAGGCACCCAGUGUGGCGCCUCCUGUCACCGUUUCGGACCCAUCAGGAGCGAGUGGUCCUGGCUCGCAGUGAGAGCCUGCCGGGGGAGCAGGUGCUGAAGAUCACAGUCACAGAGACUACCAUUAUCGAGGCGGAGUCGGGCGUGUGGAACUGGCGCUCCAUGACCUACUUGGCCCUCUGGUACUUCUUCAGCUUCUGCACCCUCUUCCUCAACAAGUACAUCCUGUCGCUGCUGGAGGGGGAGCCCAGCAUGCUGGGUGCCGUUCAGAUGCUCUCCACCACUGUCAUAGGCUGCCUAAAGAUGUUUGUGCCCUGUUGCCUGUACCAGCACAAGUCCAGGACUGAGUACCCUCCCAACUUCAUCAUGAUCAUGCUGUUUGUGGGGCUCAUGAGGUUCACCACAGUGGUUUUGGGCUUGGUGAGCCUAAAGAAUGUGGCAGUGUCUUUUGCAGAGACCGUGAAGAGCUCAGCACCCAUCUUCACUGUCAUCAUGUCCAGGCUGAUCCUUGGGGAGUACACAGGGCUGUGGGUGAACCUGUCCCUGUUCCCAGUCAUGGCUGGCCUAGCCCUCUGCACCGCCACGGAGAUAAGCUUCAACAUGCUUGGCUUCUCUGCCGCUCUCUCUACCAACAUCAUGGACUGCUUGCAGAACGUAUUCUCCAAAAAACUGCUCAGUGGAGACACAUACAAGUUCAGCCCUCCUGAACUGCAGUUUUAUACCAGUGCGGCAGCUGUCAUCAUGCUGAUACCAGCCUGGGUGUUCCUGUUGGACAUCCCAGUUAUCGGGAAGAGUGGGCGGACCUUCACCUUCAGUCAAGAUAUCAUCCUGUUGCUGCUCUUUGACGGUGGCCUGUUCCACCUGCAGAGUGUCACUGCCUAUGCUCUCAUGGGACGGAUUUCCCCUGUUACCUUCAGUGUUGCCAGUACUGUCAAACACGCCCUGUCAGUUUGGCUGAGCAUCAUUGUGUUCAGUAACCAGAUCACCAUCCUCAGUGCCACCGGCACCGCCCUCGUGUUCGUCGGGGUCUUCUUGUACAACAAAGCCAGGCAGAUCCAAAGGGAAACCUUACAGGCCAUGGCUGCUGAGCAGAACCACAAACCACUACUGCAGGAGCAUGACAUCCAAUCUGCUCAGUCUCACUGAGGACUAAAAUGGCUGUCAAGAGCAGAUGACUGGAUAUUUGUAUGUUCUUGGCCAUGCACAUUCCACUUAAAGGGGACCCACUCAUGUUUUUGGUUUCCAGAUUUCACUUUGUGUCUCUGUCAUGCCUUAAAGCUUAAACUGUGGUGACUGGCUUGGUAAAAGUCAGUGUUUGUUUGAUUAAGCCAUCACAAGUCCUGUGAAACAGUGUAUACAGUAUUUCUUUCUUCCUAACCUGAUGACAUACUUUCACUUUAAUCAUGCUUGAACCUUUGCUUUGUCUGAUAUCAGUCAGUAACAGGAGAAGCUCAGGGUGUCCUUCAGCUUUGUGAAGGAAGUCUCUUCUGUAAGCUUUUUGUCUUACAUUUGCAUUCCAGAGUGUGCUGGUUUAUCUCUCAUCUGUGGUCCAGCAGCUGCUGCUGAAUGUAUGCUGUUGUGUAUAUCUGUGAAGCAUUGAUGGUGUAAGAUUUUAAUUUUAUGAUAGUGUAAUGUCAUACAAUGUAAAAUUUAUCUUGAAUGCAUGUGAACAUAAGAUGCAUCCCAUCUCAAGACCAGUGCUUGAGCUGGGAUGCCUUUUGGAGGCUUGUCCAGGCAAAGCUACGACUGGCUGUUGUACACAUAUUUUAAACAAUGUGUGGAACGUUUGAAAGUCACAUACUGCAUUCUAGGAAUGCUCAUCAUCGAUCAUGAACUGUUGAGGGUGUAUGUAAGAUUUCUGUACCUGCAUAUUGUUUUUGUUCUUUGUAAACUUGUAUGUGCAUGCUGGGAGGGCAGCCAUGAACAAUAGACCUGAGAGAGGCCUGAGAGAAUUAAUGGAUCAGUGAACUGCUGUAUAUUACAUAUUCAAGUUUAUUACAACUUGGGUUUUAUUUUUGUUGCUCGGCCCAUUGGCUCUAUCUUAAGCAACAGUCUGACAAUCAGACAGGUUUUAAACAGACCCCCUGAGUCAGGACAAUCAGAAGGCAAACAAACUAACUUGUAAAUGUGCAUCACAGUUUACAGACCAACUUCAUGCUUCAACACUGACCUAUUAUACUUAGUUGUUUGCACUGAGUUUUCUUGUGGAACAUGGGGUUCUUACUGGCAUGCACACAUUUUGGUUCCACCUCCAAAUGAAGAGGUAACUUACUGUAUGUGGCAACUGUUUGCCUGCUUCCAAGCUGCCUGAUUGUCUUUCUGCUGCGUCGCCGUGCUCCAUGAUCUCAGGAGAUUGUAGUGCUGCCAUAAACAACACAACUAAUGGCACAAACAGCAAAAAUAAAACCAAACUUGUAAUAAAGUUUUCCGUUAAACAUAAAAGCUUCACACCACAUGCAUCAGACCCGCUGAUUCAUACCAAUAGGAUUCCAUGUAAAACCUGUGCCACGGCUCGCAGUGUCUCUGUGGCGGCUGCAGCUUUUAAAUGGCACAUCAGGUCUUUGUGAUAAGAGCAACAAAUUCCAGUUCACAUUCGGUACGUUCCUAUUGAGUCUCGGCUCAGCUCUGUGGUAAAUUUAAGGUUUCAUCCACAGAUACCUUUCUGUCAUAGAAUUCCGUCAAAAACAGAUGCAUAGUGAAAUUAUUAAGACUGUCAUCAUCAAUCUGCCUCCCACUCUCCUCCACAGUCCAUCAGCUGUCUGAGAGGACUAAUCAAUGUUAAUCAUCAUCAGUCUAAUGGUAAUCUAAGAUUUUUAGUGAUGCUCCAUUUUUGCUGCACCUUUUGUGCCUCAUGAAGCAGUCUUUUUUUUUCUUUUCUGUGCCCACAUAUAUGCAUCUUUGUUCAACUUGACUAACGAUUGCCUUGAACAUAUUGUUUUUAUUUACAUUAUAAAUGUGUUCAUUCUACAUGGUUAUUUCCUGUUGUUUGAGGAUUUAUUUCUCAGUAAAGUGCUUUUAAAACCAGGUGUGGGCUUAGCUUUAACAUGCUGCCGAUACAUCUUUAAUCUUCUUUGUAAUGCUGCUUCAACAGGCAUGUUCAGAUAUGGAGAGUUUUUCUAUGAAUUGUGUCAUUAAAGGUUCGAAAGUGGAAAGUGUUGACUUAGGAAAAUGCAGUUAUGAACUGUAUGUUUUGGGAAAGUGCAAAUCAAAGAUGUAAAAAUAUUCACUAAUGUGAGUCUUUAGUGAGGAUCUAAUGAUGUUUGAUGAACUUUGUGCAAAAAAUAAAAGUAUUUCCUUUUCUGCA